UAUAAUUUUCGAUCGAAUGGUUCGAUUAGAAAUCGAAUUAUUAAGCGAAUGCUUAUGGCGAACACUUUCCGCUACAGUAAUCCUACUGUUCACAUCGAUUUCCGUGAUGCUCUGUGCCAAAAAUAAAAAGGAUCCGAAGCCACCACCAGCAUCGUUUUCAGAGACUUCAAAAGUUCAAAAUGUCCAGAACACACAACCGAAACCUGCAGCACCAUCACAAAUGUCGAUUGAUGAAUCCCACUCGAAGAAUCAAAAACUACCGUCUGCUGAGAAAUCUGUGGAAGAAUGUAAGAAGCCAGUUUCGCCUGAAAAGAAAAAGUCGCCGAUAAAGGUUUUGAGUGAGAAGAAAUUGAAAUCGAAGAAAAAGGAGGAGGACAAGGAACCGGACGAAAAAGUGGAGAAAGAUGUGAAAAAGGAAGUCAAGGCUGAUAACAACGAACCUCUUGUAAAGAAUCUGAAAAUUGCGAAGAAAGAGCAAGAAGAGGAAAAUCCGAAGACAGACUUGGAGUCUCAUAAAGAUGAAGCUGAAGCCAAGAAGAAAGAAUCAAGACGGCAAAAGAAGAUGAGGAAUAAGAAUUCAAAGGAGGGAAGUGUGGAAAAAAUGGAGAAGUCUGAAAAAGCUUAUUGAUUUCUUUUUGUCAUUUUCUCUUCUAAAUAAAGUAUCGAAAAUCAAU